AUGGGAGCAACGAUUUGCUGGGCACUAUGGAAAGCAAGGAAUAGUUUGGUGUUUGAAAACAAACAGUUGCAAGUUCAGGAGAUUCUAAAGAUUUUUGGGUACUGGUUCAAUUUAUAUUUUGGGGUUGCAGAAACUAUGGAAACUGAAGGCGCUUCUCAACCUCAUGUAACCGACAAUAACCAUACUCACACAUGGAUACCUCCACCAACAGACACCUUCAAAAUCAAUGUUGAUGCGGCCGCUAAAAAUGGGCACUAUGCUUCUGCAGCUAUCGUUAGGAAUCAUGAAGGUAAAUGUUGUGGUGCUAGUACAAGAUUGGGUUCAUCUGACGCGCUAGUAGAGGCAGAAGCUGAUGGUUUCUCCCUGGAUGUUGAUCUAGCAGUUUGGCUUGGUCUGGAAUCAAUCAUCAUUGAAGGUGACUGUCAAGUCGUGGUUAAUAUCCUCAAUGGCGAGACCCGGAACCCCCUGGAGAAUAUGGAGAUUUCUUGA